CUCCGAGUCAGGAUGCAGACUGAUGCCAACGGCAGUCGGACUCCAGCAUGACUCAUGAUGCAGUGCCAGCAGAUGCUCCGACUGGAGACAACAUGUUUUGCAGCUUCUGAAUUUGGCAUGAACCACAUGGCGCUGCCUUUGCGCCUGCCCUUGCUGGCGGCGUUUCUCAGUCUUGCCCCGGUGGUCUGCUUCCCUGCCACCUUCCUGCUGGAGCUGUACGCAGGCGCCACUCUGCCCUUUUUGGGGGCUCUUCUGCUGGUCCUGCUAGCCAAGUUCUUUGCAGCGGCGGCAGCGUACGCCGUGGCCCGGUCCCCCCUCCAGCCUGUCGUCCACGCCUGCCUCGCCAACUACCGGCGCUAUGAGGUGCUGCAGCUGGGGGCUGCACGCGGGGGCUGGAAGUUUAUGCUGCUAGCACGCCUCAGCCCCAUCCCAAACUUCAUCGUCAACUAUGCCCUUUGGCAGGUGCCAGUGAAGGACUUUCUGUGGCCCACCGCUGGGGCGUUUCCUGUGGUCCUGCAGACUGUGUACCUGGGCCACCUGUUGCCCAGCCUUGCCACCCUGCCCGCCGCCACCACCCCCGCAGUAGGGCGGUACUGCCUGUUGUGGCUCAGCCUGCUCAUCUGCACCCUGGUCCUACGCAAGGUACGUCGAGCGUGCUACACUUGGUCGGGCCUGGAGGUCCUGCCGGACACCUUUGGGAAGAGCGCCAUCCAGCUCCUGCUAGACGAGGAGCGAGGCCAGCCCCGGGGGCAGCUGCAAGGGCGAGGCGAGGAGGAUGGGCUCCUUGAAGCACAGUCUAUACAAAUGGAAAGGAUGCAACCUGGCUGAUCGACCACUGGUGAUGCAAACAUUAUUGCACCAUGCAUACGUGUUUGUUUUCCGCGAGUUCAUGGCAUGAAAGACUCCGUUCAUCUCUAUCAUUGAGAGUCGAAGCAACGCUACCGUCCCGAUCCUUGGAACAACCGCAGGAACACUGUCUAAGUGCAACAGACAAUGUGC